AUGGCUUCAAACAACGCGAAACCGCUCCUCUGGGGCGGCCGGUUCAGCGGGGCCAUCGCAGGUGCCAUCGACGAGCUCAUGUUCCAGUUCAACGAAUCGCUGUCCUUCGACAAGGUGCUCUAUAAGGCCGACAUACGUGGGUCCAUCACAUGGGCCAAGGCCCUGCGAAAGCUCGACAUUCUGACCGACGAGGAGCUCGACACGAUUGUGACGGGACUGCAGGCCGUCGAGAAGGAGUGGGAGGAGGGCAAGUUUGUCAUCCACACUUCGUCGGAUGAGGACAUUCACACUGCCAAUGAGCGCCGGCUGGGAGAACUUAUCGGCGCUACUGCCGGCAAGCUGCACACCGGCCGCUCUCGCAACGAGCAGGUCGGCGUCGACAUGCGCCUGUGGGCUGGCGAGCAGCUCGACCAGCUCUCUGUUAUCCUCAAGGACGUCCUCCGUGUCUUCGCCGAGCGCGCCAAGGAGGCUCUUCCUGUCCUGAUGCCUGGCUACACCCAUCUGCAGCGCGCUCAGCCCGUACGCUUCUCUCAUUGGUUGCUGUCGCACGCCACUUUUCUCAAGGGCGAUCUCCAGCGCCUAGAGGGCGUCCAAGAGCGCAUGUCAGCCUGCCCCCUGGGCGUCGGCGCUCUCGCGGGCAACCCUUUCGGCAUUGAUCGCGAAUUCAUGGCCAAAGACCUCGGGUUUCGCUCGGUCCAUCCCAACAGCCUGUGCGCCGUGGCUGACCGUGACUUCGUGGUUGAGAUCCUCCAGUGGGCCAGCCUUACCAUGGCUCACCUAAGCCGUCUAGCCGAGGAUCUGAUCCUCUUCUCCAGCGCCGAAUUCGGUUUUGUGCAGGUUGCCGAUGCUUACAGCACCGGAAGCAGCCUGAUGCCGCAGAAGAAAAACCCGGACAGUUUGGAGCUGAUUCGCGGCAAGGCUGGCCGCGUCAUGGGCCAUGCCUCUGGCUUCCUUGCCUCGCUCAAAUCCCUCCCGACUUCGUAUAACAAGGACCUCCAGGAGUCUGUUGAGCCCAUGAUCGACACCAUCAACUCCGUCUCAACAUGCCUUCGGAUCACUCAGGGCGUCCUCGCUACGCUCAAAAUCAACGGCGAUAAGAUGAGGGCGGCGUUGACCGACGACAUGCUAGCCACUGAUGUGGCUGACUACCUCGUGCGUAAGGGCGUUCCCUUCCGGCAAACUCACCACAUUGCUGGUGCCAUUGUCCGCAAGGCCGAGGAGGUUGGCGUCUCGAUUUCGGCUCUGCCGCUCGAGACUUUCAAGGAGAUAUCUCCCCUGUUCGAGGAGGACAUUUCUGAAGUCUUUGACUUCGAGAAGAGCGUGGAGAAGAGGUGUACGCCUGGUGGCACCAGCAGCAGCUCCGUGCUGGCCCAAAUCGCUGCGCUCGAAGCCUUCGUCUCAGGUCAGCAGCAGUAA